GCGGCUCAGAAGUUGCCCAGCUCGCCCGAGGCUCUGCAGAAGCGCUCGCCAUGGGAGACCCGGUCCUGGGCUGGGCGCUGGAAACCUGGGUGCUAAUCCUGCUGUUCCUGACCCUGCUGAUGCUGACUUUGGGCUGAAUGGAAAUCUGGACACCGCCAUGACCGUCGUUGUCGAUGAGCAGUGGAAGAGGAUUCGCAGUGCCUUGUCUCCCACCUUCACCAGUGGGAGGCUGAAGGAGAUGAUGCCCAUCAUCAACCAUUACAAUGAAAUCUUGGAGAAGAACAUUCAGAAGAAAGUGGAGAAUGAUGAAACCAUAGAUAUGAAGCUGAUCUUUUCAGCCUACAGUUUGGAUGUGGUAACCAGCACCUCAUUCAGUGUCAACAUUGAUUCCCUCAACCAUCCCGACGAUCCCAUGGUGGUGCACAUGAAGAAGUUCCUCAGAUUUAGCUUCCUCAGCCCUGUUUUAAUCUUGGCUGGCUCCUCCCACCUAUGACGCCCUCCAUCAAAUGGAAUAUCUCGAUAUGGUGGUGAAUGAAACUUUCCGCCUUUACCCUCCGGGAACACGGCUUGAGAGAAUUUGCAAAAAGACAGUGGAAGUCCAUGGGGUGACCAUCCCAAAGGGAACCGUGGUUUUGAUUCCCGCUUACGUCCUACACCGCAUCCCCGAAUAUUGGCCUGAGCCCGAAGAGUACAGGCCUGAAAGGUUUAGCAAAGAGAACAAAGAGAGCCUAGAGCCCUAUGCAUUCCUCCCUUUCGGGGCGGGUCCCAGGAACUGCAUCGCUAUGCGCUUCGCCCUCCUGGUGCUGAAAAUGGGCCUGGUGGUCGCGCUGCAAAGAUUUCGCUUCCAAACCUGCAAAGAAACCCCGAUCCCCAUGGAGCUGGACGACAGAGGAUUCCUUAAGACGAAGAAGCCCAUCAUGUUGAAGUUGGUGCCCAGAGUCGUUGUGAAAGAUGGGGAGUAGUCAUUCUGGAGUCUGCAAAGAGGCAGUGGUGUUCUUCCUUUGUCCCUUCGUCCCUCCCUCCUCCCUCCCUUUCUCCCUUCCUCUCUCCCCCUCCAUCUUCCUUCCUUCCCGUCCCCUCCCUCCCCUCCAUCUUCCUCCCUUCCUUCCUGUUGGGCCUUCAUGUCACAUAACAGCAGCAAUCUGAAUCUAUAGAAUCAAAUGCCCAUCUAGACAUUUUCCCACGCUGUUUUCAAGGAAGGUUGGGCAUGCCAGUUAAUCUUGGGAUCCCAACUGUCUUCUCUUUUAAAAUAAUAAUAAUAAACAUCAUUCUUAGGGGCAACCUGCAGUUUCAGUUAGCACGCAGCUAAUCCAGAAAGGAAUUGGCACGAGGGGUUAAUACCCCCCCCCCAGAGACUUUGCGAGUGUCUCUGAGGUCCUGGGUCUCCCCUCACCUUCACUGUCGUCUCCGGGACAGCUAGGGUCCAAAAAACCCGUCCAAAAAUCCUUCGGAAUAGAGGAAUUUCAGGAAUAGCCUGAGACUCCGUCUUCUCACUGCUAAGCCCCG